AUGGCCAUGGGGCUGGGCUGCACGCUGAACCUUCUCCAGGGCUCCAAAGAGACAACAAGCCCAGAGAGAGCUGGAGGAGACUUCUUUCUGGUGGAAAGCACGUUAUCAGCUGGGAAAAUGCAGGGAAUACUCAAGAAAGCCUCAAAAUUAUUCCAGCAAACCUGUGCUCUGCUAUGGAAAAACAUUCUUCUGGUGUGGAGAAUGAAGACAGAAAGUUUUCAGGAAUGGAUUACAUCACUGUUUCUUCUCUUAAUAAUACAUAUAUCAUCAAGUGUGAUAUCCCACUACCCACGGAAUGAAAUCCCUUAUGAAUUCCUUGGACAACUGGAUGAUCCAGCCUUCAAUGCUACGGGACUUACACUGGCAUACACACCCGUGACUCAAUCCACCAGGCAAUUAAUGAGCAAAGUGGCUUCAGAUUCUGUAAUCACAGGUAUAAUAAUAGAAGAGGUGGAAAAUGAGGAAAAACUGGAAACAAGAGGAAUUUCAGAGGAUAGCGUUAUUGGUGUUGUUUUUAAGGAUGACUUCUCCUACUCUCUCAGAUUUCAAAGCUACAGUGUGGUGUUUCCAAAUGAUGCUUAUGAACACAUAGAUACCUGCUUCAAUUUCUCAUCAAGUAACUGCAAAAUUCCUUUGUACUGGUAUGCAGGUUUCCUAUCAGUGCAGUCCAGCAUUGAUGCAGCAGUUAUAGAAAUGAAAACAAACCACUCUGUCUGGGAAGAGAUGAAGUCGAUCGGCGGCGUUCGUCUGAAAUCACCCUUGAUGAAACCUGUCUAUAAACUGGAUUAUAUUUGGUUCAUUGUUUACAUCGUGUUGUGCUUCUCCCCACAUAUGUACUUUGUGUCAGUGAAAGCUGUAAGAGAGAAGAAGAAGCUCAAGGUGUUAAUGAAGGCAAUGGGUUUGCAGGACAGCGCGUUCUGGUUGUCCUGGAGCUUGCUGUACCUCGUUUACAUUUCAAUCACAUCAAGUCUGCUGACACUGAUCACCAUUGCCCAAGUCCUCCAUGACCACAGCUUUGCUGAAAUCUAUUUUUAUUAUUUCUUUUAUGGCAUAGCAUCUAUUCACUUCUGUCUCAUGCUCAGCUCUUUGUUAAAGCAGCCAAAUAUUGCCAGUUUCGUGGGAUUUUUCCUUCACAUCAUCUUUGGAUUGCUGGGUUAUUUGACCUUGUUAGACAAACUACCACCAUCUUCAGAGUGGUUUCUUAAUAUCUUCAGUCCUUUUGCCUUUACUGCUGGCAUCUCAAAGAUGGUCAAACUAGGAAUAUAUGGACUAACCUUUACACCAGAAUUGUACCCGUUGUUCAACUUAUAUGCCAUAUUGAGCUUUGACAGCAUCUUGUAUUUGCUGUUGGCCAUUUACUUUGAUAAAGUUUUACCUGGGAAGUAUGGAGUCCCAUACCCACCCCUCUUCUUCCUCAGCCCCUCGUACUGGUGCCAGCCCAGGGGGGGGUACGUGGGGGUGCGAGCUGGCACCGACAGCAGCCAGGACCCCACCUCCAGCAGUAACGCCGAGCCGAUGCCUCCGGGUUUUGAUGGGAAGGAAGUAAUCAGACUAAACAAUAUUGGGAAAUUAUACAAGAAAAAGGACAAGAGAACCGAAGCUUUAAGUGGCUUGACCUUGAAUAUCUAUGAAGGUCAGAUCACUGCAUUACUUGGUCGCAGUGGGUCUGGAAAAACUGCUCUCUUAAAUGUGCUCAGUGGGUUUUCCAAGCCUUCAGCAGGUUCUGCAAUGAUCUACAACUACAACGUUUCUGAAGUACAGGGUAUGGAAGGAAUUCAGGCAAUCGUUGGGAUUUGCCCCCAGUUUAAUUUGCACUUUGAAGCUUUAACAGUGAAGGAAAAUCUCAGAAUUUUUGCUCACAUCAAGGGGGUUCAGCGGAAGGAAGUCGAGCAAGAGGUGCAGAAAGUUCUCACGACUCUGGACCUCACUGACCUUCAGGACGUUCGUGCUGAUACUCUGAGUGGGGGACAGAAAAGGAAGCUGUCUCUUGGAAUUGCAAUUUUAGGGAAUCCCCAGGUGUUGCUUUUAGAUGAGCCAACAGCUGGGUUGGAUCCCUGCUCCAGGCACCACGUGUGGAGCCUCCUGAAGGAACGUCAGGCUGGGCGUGUGACACUUUUCACCACCCACUCCAUGGAGGAGGCUGAUGUUUAUGCUGAUAGGAAAGCUUUCCUCUCCAAUGGGAGAUUACAGUGUGUGGGCUCCUCUCUGUACUUGAAGAGAAAAUGGGGAAUUGGCUAUCACUUAAGGAUGCACAUCAAUGACCUGUGUGACCCUGAGCUUCCAACAGCCCUGGUGAGGCAGCACAUCCCUGGGGCUGUGCUGAAGGGACAGAAGCAGGGUGAGCUGUGUUACAUGCUGCCUCUGGAAAACACCCAGAGCUUCCCAGAUCUGUUCAGGCAUCUCGAGAGCAGCCUUCUGCAGGGCCUUGUGAAUUAUGAGGUUAGCAGGACAACCCUGGAAGAUGUUUUCAUGACACUGGAGGGUGAGGAAGCCAUCGAUACAGAAGAAGCUGGGCAGCAGGAGGAGAGGGGCCCGAGCCCCACGGCGUGGCCGGGGCAGCGGAGCGCGGCGCUGAGCGGGAUGUCUCUCUGGAGGCAGCAAGUCUCUGCUGUGAUGAGAGUUCGUUUCCUAAAGCUGAAGCAUGAGGGAAAGUUCCUCAGGUCCAUAUUGCUGUUCCUUGGAAUAUUCAUCCUGCCAAUGCUGAUAGUUCUCAUAACAUUUCACCUGUGGGAAAGCUACAGUAGGUGGGAAAUCACAGCUAGCUCCUAUUUUCUUCCCACUGAAGACAAAAUUCAAAAUAAGUCAACAAAUCUUCUCAUCUUCAAUGAUACAGGAUCACAAAUUGAGGAUUUUAUUGCUGCUUUGAAGGCUCAGAACAUAACCCCAGAAAUAAGUCAUGAGAAAAACAUCACAAGCAUUCCACUAUAUAAUGGAGCUAUAAAAAUAUCCCUGGAAGGCAAGAGCUACAGGUUCACGGUCAUGUGCAGAGUAGAAACCAUCAACUGUUUCCCCCUGCUCGUGAACCUCCUCAGCAACACCUUCCUAAGGCUCUUCAACUCCACCACACACAUCCGUGUCUGGAGCGAGCCCUUCUACACUACCAGAAGACCAGAAGCAAGGAUGGACACCUUUUUAUUCUGCCUCAGCUUCAUGGUCAUUUUUGCUGCUGGGUUGCCACCUCAGUUUGCAGUGAGCAGCAUGGAGGAUUACAAGCGCGGGGCUCGUGCCCAGCUGCGGCUGGCGGGGCUCUUCCCCUCAGCAUACUGGUGUGGGCAGGCACUGGUGGACAUCCCACUCUUCUGGACCCUGGUGUGCCUCAUGUUUGGGGUCGUGCUGCUGGUGAACCGCACCUGCCCCUUGCGGGCCAGCGACCUGCUGACCCUGGGCGCUUGCGUCGUUAGUUAUGGAGCAUCUCUUGUCCUCCUCGUCUACUUAAUUGCCUUUAAAUUCCGCACGGGACGGAGCAGUCGCUACAUUUGGUCUUUCAUCUUCAGUCUGCAAGAAGACAUUAAUGCUGGAAAUCCUUUUUCUGCUGUACUCCAGGUGAAUUUCACUCUCUACCUGUUCAGUGACCUACAGGACACAGUUUUCUUCAUCUCCUGUGCUUUGUUUCCUGUCUUUCCACUGCAGGGCUGGUUCGUCUCCACUGUACAACCUUACAUCCAUUGUGUGAUUUUCGCUUUCCUCCUGCGCUGUUUGGAGAUGAGAUGUGGAGAAGCACUUACCAGCCUUGAUCCUGUCUUCAGGAUCCAGAAGAGGAGAGCAGUUGCCCAGCAGAACAGGGACCACCCCGGGGAGGAGUCCCCAGAAGUGCAGGUGGAGAGGGAGAGGGUGAGGAGAGCGAUGACCUCCCCGCAGCAGGAGGAGGAGUCAGUUAUCGUCGUCAACAGUUUGCGCAAGGAGUAUGAGGACAAGAAAGCCAGCUCCAUCUUUAAGAAAAAAAAGAAAGUUGCUGUCAAAAACCUGUCUUUCAGUGUGAAAAAAGGAGAAGUAUUAGGUCUGUUAGGACCCAACGGAGCUGGAAAAAGCACCACAAUAAACAUGAUUUCUGGAGACAUAACGGUGACUGCUGGGGAGGUGCUGCUCCAGGACCGUGGGGCAGCCGCCUCCUCCCCAGGGCAGGGCAGCCCGGGGGGCCUGGGCUGCUGCCCCCAGCAGGACCCACUCUGGCCACAGCUCACCGUGCAGCAGCACCUGGAGACCUUCUCUGCCAUCCGAGGGGUGAGGGAGGAGGAGGCAGCUCUCGUCGUCCAACGCAUAGCAAAGGCCUUGGAUCUCCAGAAGCAUUUAAAGACCCGAGCUAGGAGCUUAGCUGCUGGAGAAGCCAGAAGGCUGUCUUUUGCACUGAGCCUCCUGGGAGAUCCAAGGGUGAUGCUUUGGGACGAGCCAUCAGUGGGCAUGGACCUGAGAGGGCAGCGUGUGAUGCGGAAGGUGAUGAAGACCACGAUGGCAAGCAGGGAGCAGGCAGCCAUCCUCAGCACACUGUCCCUGGAGGAGGCAGUGGCCACGUGUGACCGGGUGGCCAUCCUGGUGUCGGGGCAGCUGCGGUUCAUCGGUUCCCUUGAGGAUCUGAAAAGGAAGUUUCAUACGAGUUACUACCUAGAAGUGAAAAUGAUGGACAUGGGGCAAAGGGAUGCUCUCCACAGGGAAAUUCUGCACCUCUUCCCCUGCGCAGCUCGGCAGGAAAGGACUUCUUCUUUUCUCACCUACAAGAUACCCCUGGAAGAUGCACUGCCUCUGUCCCAGUCUUUCUCCAAGCUAGAAGCAGCUAAACAGAAUUUCAGGCUUGAGGAGUACAGCUUCUCAUUACACACUCUGCAACAGGUGUUUGUAGACCUCACCAGGGACCCAGAGGAGCACGACCUGGAUGCAGCAUCCAACGGGGCUGUGGAACGGAGACCUCUUCACCCCUGA